AUGAAUAAACAUCGACGGUUUACAAAACUUCCCGAUGCAAGCGAUGCCUCACUGGAAAGCCCUUCUAUACCAAUGACGGCAAUAACAUCUUCAAGUCAGACAAGCAUGCGAAAUGAAACGGCUGGUGAGUUGCAGUCUCAUAUUGUUCAUUUGUCGCAUACACGAAGAGGCUCUGUGCCGGGCAUUGACUUAGAAGAAGACUGGCCGCUUACUGAAAUUCCUCAAGAACUAAGAGAACCUGAAGCUGAUAACGAUGACAACGCGGCCAGUAAUACAGAGGCAAAUUCCAUGCGAAAUGAUUGGAAGCGAGAACUGUUUCUUUUAUUAGAAGAUCCGUCGUCAAGCCGCCAUGCUUUUCAUGUGAACGUGUUUGUUUCGUUUUGCAUUGUUCUUAGUGCUGUUUUGACAACCAUUGAAACGAUACCUACCUUUAGAUCGACAGAUAGCUCAGUAUGGUUCAAUUUCGAAACGACAAUAGUUGUAAUAUUUACCAUUGAAUAUAUAUUACGUGUGGUGGCACAUUCUGAUAGCUCGCGACAAUUAUUCAAACAUGUCACUGGUAAAGAUCUUUAA